AUGAAAGCAUCACGGAAUGACUUGUUCUUUCGUGGGCAAUCGACGCCAACGCCGGCACCGCCAAAACCUCCGCCUUUGCGCAUCGACAAGUCAGGCGAAGCAGUGGCCGUGGCGCCAGCGAGCUCGACCAACGCCAUGCUCCUACCUAGCACACACCCAUCGAGACACAACCCUGUUCGUGGACAUGCUAAGAAGCCGUCUUUUGGGAGGAUGUCCCUCGAAGAGCGCAAAUCAGAAGAACAGCGCAUUCGAGCGCAUAAUGAUAAGAUAGCCUUGCGCCUAUUUCUCAACAAGCCGUUCAAGCUAGGUGAAGGACGCAAUUCUGAAGUUUAUCUGGGCGCCUAUCAUCGGGAACGUGUGGAUGACUCCGACGCGUAUGUUGACUGGCAUCUGUGCGCUGUCAAGCGCGUUCAAGCGGACCAGGAGUCUCAACUGGCUGGCUUACAGGAGGCAUUUGCGCUUAGGCGCCUGGGUCCACACCCACAUAUCGUGCGCCUCAUUUCCGUGCUAGACGAAAUGGAGCUACGUGAUGAUACAGCCAAAGCUCCUCCCGUCCAUGUUUCGGAUGACCCGCCGCGAUUACUCAUUGUGCUGGAGCACCUGCCCUGUACACUCGCAGACUAUGUCCGUUCCCACACUUCUGAUGUCGACUUACCUCUAUGGCUAGGUUGGGCGCGGCAGCUUGCCGAGACAGUCGAGUGGCUGCAUUCUCGUGGAUGUGUCCAUGGCGAUAUUAAGAAAGAAAAUGUGCUCUUGACACACAACCUGUCGAUCAAGCUGUGCGAUUUUUCGGCCGUUCUCUUUUCGAAUGCCCCUGUACCCGUCACUGACUGUUACUCAGUCGGGACACCUGCAUUCCGUGCGCCUGAACUUUUCCACAUAUGGUCCUGGUCCCCAGACGAAGCCCAGGGCCAAGCGCACCCUGCUCUGUCAUUCACAUUGGACAUCUUUAGUCUAGGUGUGUUAUUGUAUUCUCUCGCAACGGGCGUCGAUCCGAGUCAUCGUGUAAAGAGUGUAAUGGCGAUCCGGCAGCGCCAAAAGCACUUUUUCGUUAGUGAAGAGGAUGAUCGCAUGGAGCGACUGUCAUUUCAGCAUCCUCGCGCCCCUUUGCCCUCUCGCUCAAGACCUUGGUCUCAAUCGCAGUUACGGUCAAACCUUGACACCCAACAUCCACCAAGCUCACCUGAUUUGCUAACGUCGUUAGAUAAGAGUCUCUCUCUGUCCGGCAUACAGGAUACCUUGCUCGAUCAACUCCUUGAUCCAGCGCCUACACCCAAGGGCGUAUUUAUACCUCCGACUCAUACCCCUUCAACAUUGACAGUGCCGUCCAUAAAACGCGCUACGUCUUACUCGCCUGGUUCUCGCAAGAGCGAUGCCAGCUCACUGGGUCGUUGCGUAUCUCUUUCAUCUGAACCGAGAAGCUCGCGACCAUCCCGUCGGUAUCUCUCCGGCUCGUACCUACAGGUUCCCAACAGUGAGAAGCGGCAAACUCUAGGUCAGGAUGAAGAACAAAGCGCUAAUACGAUACACCUCGCAUCCCUUACCUCUGCACCUCCAUCCCCUCUAUCAUCUUCCUUUAUGCCAACAUUGCCCAGAUCGAACCACGAACCUGAUAUGCGCUCAUACGCCGAUGGUGCACCCGCUCUGAUUUUACCGGGUGGUGACCGAUUACCAGAUGCACUUCGUGAAUUAAUUCGAGCUAUGGUAUCACCCCAACCGGAGGACAGACCUCUUGCAUCUCAAGUCCUCUCUGUUCUAAACAACUUCGAAUUGCCAUGCUAG